AUGGUCGACAAGGAAAUUGCCAACAAUGUGCAAACAGUUCCUUAUACAAUUGGAACCGGACCUGACGAGAAGUACGCUCUAUACAACGAAACGAGGGAUUCCAUAACGGAGUGGGACGGUACUGUUACCAAUGCCUACGUGCCUGACGAGCCGUAUGAGUGGCUCGAGGCUUAUUGGCCCGAUGGUUUCAACUAA